UAGAAAAUUAUUUACAUUAUUAUCGUUCGAUUCCUAUCUUUGUUUUAUACAAAAGUAUUUUGUCAUAUUAUGAUAUUAAGAAAAUAGAAAGAAAUUUUGUGAAAAAAAGGUUGUCAUAGAUUAAAGGAUUUGAAAUUGAGUUGAUAUAAAGACAGAUCAUUAUUAAGGUACAACGGUAACGUGCGUAAAUAAUGUGAAAGGAUAACACAUUUUAUAUAGAUUGUAUAUUUUACUACGUGUACCACCUUGUGUGGGGGAUAUGACUUAUGGACGAAUCAAGGCUAUUUGUUAUGAUGAUAUCAGCCAACGUGUCUUUCCUCUCGUCAGGUGUUCACUAGAUCAUUUGAUCAUCUUGAACAUUGAAUUAUUAGCUAUGAUGAAGAUAUCGAUGUAAAUUUAUAUAUCAUAACAAUUUUAGCUUAUUUGAAUUAAAUAGAAAUCUUUAAGGAUGGCACUCGUUUACAUAGAAGACAAUGACCCUUGGCUUGCAGAGUAUGAAGCUUGUGAAAAGUUGUUCCGUGACAUUAUGGAGCAACUUACUGCACGUGAAAGAGAAUCAGAAACAUCUCAAGCAUACGCAAGUUUGUCCGCAAAUAUACGUCUACGUAUGAAACAGUAUAAUAGAGAGAUUUAUCAACUUAAAACUAAAGUCGAAGAAGCUUCUAAAUCUAGAACUAUAACUAUAGAAGAAGCAGAACGCAGAACAAGACAGAUCGAACAGUUACAAAGUAAAGAUAUCCAAUUACAAAAGUUCUAUGAAUCCAGAACAAAAUCUCUAUUGUCAAAUCGAAAGAGUUUAUUAAAAUCUGGAACAUCCGCAUUUGCUGAUAUGGGAACAACAUCGUGGGCCAUAGAUGAUGACGAUGAUAAACCCAUAGAUGUAAAUAUGUCAACUCAAGAUCUUCAAAAUUAUCAAGAACAAGUCUUGCAAGAACAAGACAAAGGAUUAGAAGAAUUAUGCAAAGUAAUAGCACGUCAAAAAGAAAUAGGACAAACUAUUAGCAAUGAAGUGGUUCACCAAAAUGAAAUAAUUGAUGACUUGGCUGAUCAUAUGGAUAUGACUGAUCAAACUUUAAUUAACAGAACACGUCAAGUAGAAAGCAUAAGUUAUAAAGAUCGUACUUGUGGUUACUGGAUAAUUAUUAUCUUACUUUUUAUUAGUAUUGUAGUAGUAGCUUUAUUGGAAGUUUAAUGGAAAUUAUACUUCGUAAAGAGCUGGUGUAAAUACAUGUAUAAUGCGCGUGUGUAUAUAUAUAUAUAUAUAUUUAAUAGUGUUGCCAUACACACACACACACACACAUAUAUAUAUAUAAACUUAUUACUUCUUGCUCUAUGCUAUUAUUACACGUAGGAUACUUUUAAUUUAUUAAUGCAAAUGUAGAACAUUCUACUUUUAGCAUUUAAUAUGUAUUAAGUAUUAUGUGUUCCAUUAUAUAUUCUAAUUAAAUUUAAAUUGUUUUUUCCAUUGAAUUUGAAAUUAAUUUCUUUUAUCUUACAAAUCGUUUGUAUUUUAAUAUGUAUUGGUGAACUUCAAUUUAUUAUUCUAUCUAUUAAGUUUAUGUAUAUAUUUUUUAAGUUGUAUUUGUUCUUGUAUUAUAAGACAUGCCCAAUUAUCUACCUUAAUUUUAUUUUUGAGGAAUUAUGUAUAAUGAUAUUUAUGUACAAUAUAAUUGGUAUGUGGAAAA